UAAUAAAAUUUACUAUCAUGCUUAAAGCCGUUAAUACUUCUCAAACAUUCAUACAAUUAGUAGAGAAAAAGUGUGCUGAAAUAUUCUUCCGCAAGGAGAAUUGCUUCACAAUAAUUUGCUCAUAUUGCGAAUUGAAGACUUUCAAUUUUGAAGAGUAUUUGAUUCAUUUCAAAAAUGCACACUUCAUAUCAUGGAAUUCAUCAGGAAAUGGCCCUUUCAUAGACGAAGUUGGAAUAAAAAUAGAAGACAAAAAUCACGAUGAAGAGUCUUCAAGUAUGCCCGAUGAAAAUAAAGAAUUUGGUCCUCUCACCGAAUUGCAGGAGAUACCCUUGCCUGAUUCCGUUAAUCCGACUAAUGCUGAUAAUUAUAAAGUAUCUGUUGAUGUUUUGCGUGAAGAUAAUGAGUGGCUAACUGAUAAGGAAACUGAUGACAGUGAUGAUGAACGAAGUGGCAACGAUCCAGAGUUCAUGCCAAGGAUUUUAAGUACCGAACAACAGGAAGACAAAACGCCUACCAAUUUCAACUGUAAUGAAUGCAGUAAAAGUUAUAAAUUUGCAAAAAAUUUGGAACGUCAUAUUAAGAAAUGCCAUAGUGAUGCACCAGAAUAUUGCUGUGUACGUUGUAGUCAAAAUUUUAGUGAUGAACGAUCACUGAAUUCUCAUUUGCGCAAAAAGCAUGCUGGUUUUCCCUGCGGACAAUGUGACAAAGUCUAUUCAAGUAAAGAAGCCUUAAAUAUUCAUCAGUAUAAACAUACAGGAGUGCGAGGAUUUCACUGUAGCAUAGAGGGUUGCGGCAAAUCUUUCUUUAAUCCAAAACAACUAUCCAUGCACACACGGUAUGUUCACCGAUUGAAAAAAAAUUUCGUUUGUGAGGUAUGUGGAUUUCGAACCAAAGGACAACCUGCUCUAAUUGUACACAAACGAUCACAUACCGGAGAAAGGCCCUUUUUGUGCAAAUUGUGUGGCAAAGGCUUCGCUUCAAAAUCAUUAUUGUGUGAACAUGAGCCCACACAUUCGACUGAUCGACCACAUGUGUGCGAUGUCUGCGGACGCACGUUUGCGCGACCUAAAGCACUAUACCAUCACAAACAUCUACAUCUGGGCAUAAAAAAGUUUGUAUGCAAACUCUGCGGACGUGCAUAUGCUCAAAUGGCUGGUUUGGCAGGUCAUAUGCGGCAACAUAAAAUGGAAAGCUGUUUUGGAUUGUUUUAUAUUCAAAUCGUUAUUUGUAAGAAAAAAUUAUUAUCUAAAAUGUUCAAAGUAGUUUCACCAACUAAUAUUUAUAGUUGUAACUACUCAAAGUCGAAAUGCGCUGAAAUUCAUUAUCAGUCGUCGACAUUUUCAAUUUUGUGUGUAUUUUGCGGCAUGGAAGCGCUUACAUUUCCAGAUUUCUGCGAUCAUUUUCACAUGCAUUAUGAAACGUUCAUAAACGCUUUGACAGACAAAGAGGAAUUAAACAUAAAUAGUGACAGUGAAAUUAUUGAGCCCAAUUUCAAUGGAAAACGAGAUCCAUUGAAAUUUGAGUUUGGAGAUUCUACUAAAGAUACUGAAGACGUCUUAGGCAUUCUGCGCGCAGGUAAGAACGAAACAGCAACCACAAGUAUCAAUGUAAUAUCGAAGAAUGAUGGGAAUACUUCCGACUGCGGCCUUGAUCAAUAUCAAGCAGAAUACGAAUCCGACAAAUCUGGCAGGGAAUUAAUAAGAAACAAGAUAAAAUUGGAGAAUACGGGUAUCACUUACAAACAUACAACAAAAGGCUGCCAAAUGAAUACAAAAGAUGUUACCACAUUUCCAAAUAGUUCUGAAAGCGACGAAAAGUCUAAUGAAGCCGACAACGAUCGCCUACAUUCAAUAUCGAUUGAUUGUCACAUAAAUGAAAGUAUUGAUUGGUCGAAAUCCUACAAACCAAAUUUAUUGAGAAACAGCGACAAACGUCCGUAUAAGGCCCGCAAUACGCCCAAUAUGUGCACAUAUUGUGGAAAAACAUUUCGACGUCGCAUACAACUAGAUACACACCUGCAUAUACACACCGGCUCCAAACCGCAUCAAUGUGAAAUUUGUGGUCGUCUCUUUCGCGCAGUUACAACACUAGCACGUCACUUAAACACCCACGAACAACGAGAAUUGUUUAGUUGUAAAUUUUGUUCGAAAUCUUUUUCACGUCGUGCAGCAAUGCUGAGCCACGAAUUAAGGCACACACAACAGCGGCAUAUACCCUGCGACGAAUGUGAUAAGCUCUUUUAUACAGUAAAUCAAAUGGAUACACAUAAACGGAAGGUUCAUAAUAAGACGGAUGAGGCUUCUUUGCCGUUUCAAUGCAAUUUGUGCACGAACAGGUACCGAAGCGCAUCAAUGUUAAGUACACAUAAGUUCAAAAAGCACUAUAAAACAGCAACAAUAGUUUGUGAGCAGUGUGGCAAGAAGUUUAUAAAUGAUCAAGAGCUGAAUACACAUAAAACGAUACAUAUUUGCAAUCUUAGAAACAAUCAGUGACGCGAUACUUUGUCGUAAAUGUUUUAACUUAAACUUUAUGUUUUAAAAUAGGAAAAAAUUAAGUAUUUACUUACCGCACAACUUGCUUAUGACUUUCCGUAUUCAAGACAAGAAAUUUGCGCAAUGCUUUGUGCAAUGUAGGUUUAUUAAAAGUUGCUAUGAUUAAAACUCUUCAUCAAAUAUUUUAUAUUAAACGGAACUUACAAGAAAUCAAUACGAUCUUCAGCUCUAUAGAUCUUGAUGUCUCUCUGCUGAUAAGUGGUUUUUGAAAUCAACUUAAAUCUUAUUUAUUUAUUAAUAGUAAUAUUUUCUAAUGUUGGUGGACUUCAGGAAUAAAUAAAAUCUGCGUAGCAAUAGAUCUUUAAUUGACAAGACCGUCUACAUAAUAAAUGAACCAAUUAAAAGGUCCGUAAAAUUAUGUAUGACUUUAAUCUUAGUUUAGAUUAAAACUUUUAUUUUUUAUAACUAAAUUAAUAAUUUUUGAAUAUACUAUCUGUUUCGUAGUCUAUAAGAAUUAUAUAAAAAUAUAAACAAAUAAUGUGGCCGUGUCAUUCUUGGUUUUCCAUUUACUUUCGUUAUUCUGCCUAUUAUUUUCUGUACUGACGUCAUGGCAGUGGAAUGACGAAAUUCGUUAUUGUAUGUAUCAUUCUUUAUGUAGUCUAUCAAUUCGAUGAUCGAAAUGCUUUCUUGUAAAACAGGUCGCCCUAAUGUAGAACAUAUGUUAAAAAAUAUGGGUUUUUCAGUAAGAGCACUUCAACUUUUGAACUUUUUUGAA